AUGUUGAACGUUCCUAAAACCCACCAGACUUUCUGCAAGAAGUGUGGCAAGCACCAGCCCCACAAAGUGACACAGUACAAGAAGGGCAGAGAUUCUCUUUAUGCCCAGGGAAAGCGGCAUUAUGACAGGAAGCAGAGUGGCUAUGGUGGGAAGACUAAGCCAAUUUUCCGGAAAAAGGCUAAAACUACAAAGAUUGUGCUGAGGCUUGAAUGUGUUGAGCCCAAUUGCAGAUCUAAGAGAAUGCUGGCUAUUAAGAGAUGCAAGCAUUAUGAACUGGGAGGAAAUAAGAAGAGAGAGAGCCAAGUGAUCCAGUUCUAA